AUGGAGGGAAAUCUCAGACGAGGAAGACCAACAGUGUGUAUCAGUGAAGCAUUUGAUUUUCUUAAUGAUCCCGAGUAUGGGGGCAAAAGUGUAAAAGAUGGAGAUCCCUUGGAUCAUCGACUGAAAAAGUCUGUCAGUGAUACUGGAAUAAUAACUGGAAAACAUGCUAAUGACUUCAAACACACACCGCUACUAGAGAAAAAUACUUACACUAUCCUCACAUUUGUACAAGGUGAUCAGGCAAAUGGGAAAACUACAUUGACAAAUAGUUUUGAAGACCAGACACUGCCUAUUGAAUCUGAAUCAGAUGAGAAAAAUUUAAACCAAUUCACUAUUGUAACUUGUGUUGAUAAGUCUGGAGAUGAACAUGUAGGGGAGACAACCCAUUCUCAUACAGCAGAGACCACUAGUCCUCAGGAGAGGGAAACAAUCCAUUCUUAUGAAAAAGAACAAAAUUCAAGGGAAUUUAAUUCGAACAAUGGGAAAAGCACAAAUCAAAAUGGAGGCAUCUUAGAAAAUGGCGCACAAGCUGUUUAUCCGUCGCAGUCUGCCAGUUCUGUUUCUCAAACUCAUUCACUGAUACAGAAUGGAGUUGCUAAAAGUGUUAUAAACAUUAACCAUAGUCCUAAAUCAGAGUUUAAUGAAAAAAAUCUUGUGACUGAAGGUGACAAACCAGCCAAGAAAGGGAAUGAUGAAACUACUAGUGUUAUAGGAUCAGAGCAAGGUUACAGUCAAUUGAAGACCGACCUGGUAUCUCAAACAGAAACGGAUGACCAGGAAGUUGGCUCACAUGUCUGUAUUGACAAUCAUUCAUCUGACAUCAUCCCCACAGAGCCCAGUAAAGACCAAGACACCAGUGACCAUGACGAUGAGAAGGUUGUGCGUCGACCUCCAUCAUUAACUGGUCCUGUAACAGCCUCUAGACGAACCCAUCAGAUUGUCAGUGAUGCUUUUCAUUUCUUGAAAGACAUUGACAAUGAUAGUGAAGAUGACUUAAAGGAUCUUGGUGAAGUAUUUCAAUCAACAUCUGGUGACAUUCUUGGGUCAGAACCAAAAUUUUCAGAAAAUAAGGAAGGAGUUCGUAGCACAACACAUAAAAAAUCACUCAAAAAGAUACCACCAGUUCCAGCUCCCAAACCCAAACGCUCAAGUUCUAGUGAUCAGCGUGAAUCAUCCUGUUCAAACCAACAAACUGAUCCGUUAAGCCCUUCCAGAAAGGCAGGUCCCAAAAGUCCACCACCCGUGGCCCCAAAACCAAGACGAUCUACCCCUAGCCUGGUCUCACCUACUACUCCCACUCAGGAGAAUUUCAUCAAGGAACAAGAUGUCAUGAACCCAAGCAUAAACGAAAUCCCAAUAAACCCUGUUCCUGUUGUUGGUGAAUGUCUUGCUGCUCAUGACCAGACCCGUUGCUCAAAUCUAAACCUUUCAAGCUCAAAACCUGACUCCAAUAUGGAGAAUGUGAGUUUCGAUUCAACAACAACCAAAGACAACAUAUCCUUGACCCUUGACCCUACUGUUGGAAAUGACUCUGUGAACUCUGACCCCAUUGUUGAAGAUGGAGGUCUGGUUAUCAAUGAAACAGAUCCAGUUGAUGCCAGCAUUACUGCAGUGUCAUUAAGUCCUGUGAAGAUGAGACCAAGUCUAAGUCGAAGUGAGGCAAUAGACAACUCACAGGCUACCACUGGCGAGGAGGAACUGGGACAAAAUCUGACUCUCAGACGCAAAAAAAGUCGAACAAGGUCUACAACAAAUGAUGAGGACAGUGCUGAUUCCUCGGAUGAUGAUACAGGAAUCUACAACGAGAGUUAUCGUAAUUCAUGCUGGAUACAGAUUGCUGAGGAAGGAGAUUCCUUGCGGUCGGAAUCUCCAGCCUUACCAUCGUCCAAGCCAUUGGAUCAGACUAUUUCUCAAGUUUUGGAGGAAACUGGCUCAUCAGCAGAGGAGGAGACAGGUCCUGUUACUAAUAACAAUACCAAUCCUGUUCAUCAGGAGAGCAAAGAUGAAGUGUUCGUGGACGGAAUUUCCUACAAGGAAGGUCGGUAUCACAAGCGUUCGGAUUCCACCACCACGACUCGCUCAGAGAGUGAGUUUAAACGAGAGUACCAAUUCAGAAGGAAAUGUUUUGUACAGCGUAGUGACAGUCAACAGGAGUAUCACCGACUUUCAGCUAAGUUCUAUGAUCAUGAGAGGCUAUUGGUAAUCAACAGGACAGAGGCGACCUCUGACCUCGGACUUCACAUUCUGGACAGUCACCCAGCUAUUAUAACCUCCGUCGAUCCAGGGAGUCCGGCGGAGAAAGCUGGGGUCAAGAAAGGUCAAAUUAUUAUAAGUAUCAAUCAGGUGAAUGUGUUACAAUCCAGUCAUGCUGAGAUUGUCUCCCUUGUUCAAGAUGGUUCUCUCCAAAUAUCAUUGGAAGUUGCCUCAAGUGAUGUAAGUUUGGUACGAGACCUUCAGUCUCCAAAAGUGUCCGGCUUCAUGCACAAACUUAGCAAUUCAUCAUUUGUACGAAACUGGAAGAAGCGGUUCUUUGUGCUCAGGAAAGACAACUGCCUUUAUUACUACAAGAAUGAUCAGGACUGUUCAGACCCACUAGGGGCUCUUCCGCUUCUCAACUACACUGUGUCAAAACACACAGACACCAGCAAGUCACACUGUUUCAAGGCCGAGAAGUACGGCGCCAAGACUUACUAUUUCUACGUGGACACGCGUGAGGAAAUGGCCAGAUGGGUGUGUGCAAUGAAUGAGGCAGCCAUGGUAUCAAAAAAGAGGAAGGAAUCCUGGAUGGAUAUAACAAGUCACAAUGUUGGGUUACCUGCUCUCGAAAUACGUCGCGCAGAGUGCACUGGAUACCUUCGCAAGAGUAACAAAGCCAUGAAAAACUGGAACAAACGUUACUGUGUCCUUAAGGAUGCCUGUCUUUAUUACUACAAGUCCAUGAACUCACAAAAUGCUCAAGGUAUGGCUCAUCUCCAUGGUUACCGAGUGGACAUGACAGGGAUACCGGUGAAACCUUUCAGCUUCAUUCUCCAGCCACCAGAAACACAGAUGAGGACAUUUUAUUUUAUUGCUGAAAACGAAACUGACAAACAAAGAUGGGUUGAAGCUCUGAGGAAAUCAGUAGAACGAUGGAUCAAGGUGGAUUAA